GCAAGAUAGGCUCCACACUCCACAGCCUACACUUUCCCCAUGUCCAAUUCGCUCUCCCCUUCUGUCUCUCACUCAUUUCCACCAACAGUGUCGCACAUUCGCGCGUUCCCCUUACGCGCCACCAUCUCCAUUCCGAUCGCUUUCUCGGCUCGCACCUAUCCUUCUACUCUCAACCGUAGAUUUCUCUGGAUUCCUUAUCCGAUAAUGAGCUCCAACACGAAACUUGCCGCGACUCAACCGGAGCUGUGUCAACUUAAUGAUUCAUCCGAUUUCGAAAAGCUCCUCUCACCGAGCGGUUACAUCUCUAUCUGCGGCUUCGGUUCCCUUCUCUCCGAGAGGAGCGCACGAAGUACGUUUCCGAAUCUAUUGAACUUCAGAGUAGCGAUAUUGAAAGGAUUUAGGCGUGUCUUCGCUCACGUCGCCCCAAUUUUCUUCGAUCGUGGCAUCGCCAAGCCUGAAACCAAGGAGAUAUCAAGCUUAAGUGUAGAGCCUUGUGAAGGGGAGACUCUAAUUGUUACUGUUUUCGAGAUUCAAAAAGCUGAGAUUCCAGCUUUCAUGGAAAGAGAACUCGAAUUCCGAUUUCUUGCUGUCUUGCCUGAAACACUUGAUGGAGAGCCUUUUGCUAAUCCAGCCGUGCUUUGUACUCGUUACAGUGAUGAGGAGUUCUUUCAAAUUAGAUGCAAAGGAAAUAAGGACAUUUAUUUCCAGCACUACGGUCGAUACAACAUCGAAAAGAUUUGGCGAGAUGAUAUCUUGCCGUGCCGUGUAUAUCUUCGACAUUGUGUGUUGGCUGCUAAGAAUCUUGGUGAUAUUGCUUACAAUAACUUCUUGGAUCAUACUUUCCUCGGAGACCGAAAGACCACCAUCCGGACGUAUUUGGCUACAACUGGUUCAGGCAUCAUGGAAGAGGAGCCUCCGGAAUCGCUGAAGUCCCGCUACGGUGGCUGAUAUCAUCGUCAAAUCGACAGGUGUUUCAUAUAUACGAACCUUACCGUUGUUAGACCCGUCUCCGUUGCCGUCACCAUCAAGAUCAUCUAGGACAGCAGCAUCCGAUGAGGGCAUGGCAACAAUAUGCAUAAUUCUACCUGGAGGAUAGAACCGGAGGUUCUCUGAGGCAUCCGAGGAAGAGAUUGCACUUCUACUUUCCGAGGAUACAUCUGCAGCGAUGACAUUCUCCUGUUCCGAAAUUUCUUUUGCCGCAGCAGCUUCUUCGGCACAGCCAUGAAGAUCAACUUCGCUCUCCUGCCUCUUAAGCUCCUUCUCAAGUUCAUACCACAACUCACCACCCACAAAUUCGUCUGUGGUAGCCGUAGUAAUACCUCUAUCCAUUUCAAUUAGGGGUUCGUCUUCAUCGGUGUCAUUGUGAUCCAAACCGCCACCAGAGUGACAAUCCACUUCGGUCACAAGAGCUUUGGAACUUGUUUUAGAUGUUAAUGAAGGUUUGGUCAUAUCAUCGCCUUUAGCAUUCAAUCCCGAAACUACAUUCCGACGGCGAGGACCAAUGCAAGACCAUGAAGUUAGAGAUGAGCGGCUUCUUACAACAGCUUGAGCAACAUUUUGAGCACCUUUCAUGACAACCUAUAGUGUUAAAAACGAAACAAUCCACCCAUUAUACCAAAAAAACUGGAAAAACUAGAACUAGAUACAAUUUAGUUUGGUUCGGGUUUUUUCUGUUUUUUUUUUUUUAAAUUGAGAGUCAAGUGACGCCUAUAACUUUAUAAAGAGUAUAAAUAGAUGGUAUUUGAAAGUUUCUUUUUAUUAAUUUAGAAGUAAAAUAUUUAUUACAUUAUUUAAAAA